GGGAGUUUUUCUCGCUCUGUUAUUUGGAGUCUGUUGGGAAACCGCGUUUAACUCGCGCUUUGCGCCCUGCGUGCUCUUCGCUAGAGGCUUGCUCGGUUCGGGGGGUGAAGCGUUGGUUUGUGUUUAGAGUUCAGAUCGUACAGAUGGUUUUCGCUGAGGUGCCUUUAAAUUCUUUGUGAUGAAAGGUGAGCGCUUCUGCAACAGAAAGGGCUGAGCUGGAGCCGUGGGUGCUGCGGCCGCCUGCAGGCACCCGGGGCAGAAGGGCGGGGGAAGGCUGAGCUGGGUGGAAUUUCCUUCUCUGAUCCUUCGGGUUACUUGGAGUUAUAAGGCUGAAUGCUUGUUGUGUUAAACCGUGGUGCAGAGUGCGUGCACCUCCCCAGGAAAGCAGGAUGCUGUCCCUGCUGCGCCUUUGCUCUGCUUGAGGCUGCAGCCAGUGCCGAGCUCCAACAAUUGCUUCGGCCAUUUUUGACGGAUACAGAAAUUCCUAAGGAGUUCCAUGCUGGAAAAUCAGGUCACAGCUCCAUCAUCUCCUUAAGCUCUCCUGUUCCUGAGCCUCUCUUGGGAGAAAUAAGCCAUGAGGUCGACCAGGUCAGCAGCUGGGAACACCACUUGUUUGAUUUUGGGCUGGCUCAGCUCCCUGGUGUGAUAGCACGGGGUCCUCACUGUGGGCCCUUCAGCACCCCGGUGGGCAUCCACCCAGGUGGGCGCAGUUCUGGAUGCUCGCAUUACUGGGUGAGCAUUGCGGCCUCCUGACAUCUUGGUGAGUUUCUGCAGCUCCAAGAAUGCUGCUUCUUAAUCCUGCCCUCCAUACGAGAUCACUAUUUGUGUACACAGCCAUGGGGCACAAAAACAAGGCAUCUCCUUGCUGAAAUCCUGAUGCUUUCCAAACAACUUUCUCCUCCUGUGUGCUGCAUAGCUGGAUGUAAUGGUACGAGUGCUUCUUAAGUUCCUAACAACAACAGAUCAAUCUGAAAUCACCAGAAAUACCUAAAAACGAGAAAAGGAGGUUGAGAGGUGAGAAAGUAGUGAUUUUUAUGCCUGAUGAGUUUUCUGAUGCUUUGUGCUGGUUUGUAUAUGCUGUGAGGGUGUUUUUUGACCUGUGUACCUCUUUACUGCUGAGUGUUGCCUUUGCUGGGCAGGUUGCUUUCUCACUGGAAAUGAAACUGAACAGAAUUUAGCUGUUUUUGUGUUGUUUUUUUUUUUUAAGUAUGAGAUAGACUGAAGUUAACUUCUGAUGUGAUUUUUCAAGUUCUGAACAACUCCAGGGUAAUUGCUGGGGUUAGGUGCAUACAACAGCUAGCUGUGAUCUCAAAAAUGACACCCUAAAUGAACUUGUUUAAUCUUUCAGCAGAAAAGAAACAACUGUUCUGAAGUAUGGGAUGAGAGCAGCACCAGAACAUCCUUCCCUGAAAGUUGGAGGAAAAGUGCACUCAUCUGAGAAUGAAUAAAAACAACCUGACAAAUGCCCAUUCCUACAUGUGCUCUGUGUAAUAAUGAGUUGAUCUCUCCAGCCCACCUGUGGAGCUAUUGCAGCUCCUGGUAUGCGGAGGAGUUGGGAGUGCACAGUCCCAAACCAGCCCUGUGCAGAGGCCUCUGCUUUAAGUUCUCCCUGGUGCUGCUCCCUGGGAGCCCGUUGCACCUUUGAGGCUGUGCACCUACAGGCAUUGCUCACAGUGCCAGCUGCAUCUUCACCAGCUUCCCAGAGAGCUGAGCAGGUGUGGCUGGUGGGCCACUGCUGUGUCGGCAGCCCGGUUGGCAGCUGAGCAACGACCUGGGUUCACCCACCAUGCCUCACGUGCUGCUUCCAUCCCACCAGGCACAGAUAGCUUAUCUUGAGGAGUUUGACCGUUACUAUUCCUUGACCAAACUCAUGUCCAUCUACCAAGCAACCAACAGGACCGCCUUCAACUGGACAGACAGCCGCAUUGUGGAGUGGGAGAAGUUUGCGGAGCUGGCUCGAUACGAGCCAGAAUCCCAGAAACCAACUGUGAAGGCUCUCCUGAUCGUGGUGUACUCAGUGAUUAUCAUCAUGUCUCUCUUUGGGAACGUGCUGGUGUGCCAUGUGGUGCUGAAGAACAAGAGGAUGCACUCGGCCACCAGCCUGUUCAUCGUCAACCUGGCUGUGUCUGACAUCAUGAUCACACUGCUCAACACGCCCUUCACUCUGGUUCGGUUUGUGAACAGCACCUGGAUCUUUGGGAAGGCGAUGUGCCAUGUCAGCCGCUUCGUGCAGUACUGCUCACUGCACGUCUCCACGCUCACUCUGACAGCCAUCGCCCUGGACAGGCACCAGGUCAUUCUGAACCCACUCAAGCAAAGGAUGUCUCUGACAAAAGGAGCACUGAGCAUCGCUGUGAUCUGGCUGCUGGCUGCCUGCUUCUCCCUGCCCCAUGCCAUCUACCAGAAGCUCUUCCAGUACAACUACAGGGAAGCCACCGUGCGGAGCCUAUGCCUCCCGGAUUUCCCUGAGCCUGCAGAGCUGGUCUGGAAGUACCUGGACCUGUCCACCUUCCUGCUUCUCUACCUGCUGCCGCUGCUCGUCAUCACCGCCACCUACACGCGCCUGGCCAAGAAGCUGUGGCUGCGCAAUGCCAUCGGUGACGUCACCACGCAGCAGUACGUCGCCCACCACAGGAACAAGAAGAAGAGCAUCAAGAUGCUGGUGCUGGUUGUGGUGGUCUUCGCUGUCUGCUGGUUUCCCCUCAACUGCUACGUGGUGCUCAUCUCCAGCCUGGGCAUCAAGACCAACAACUCGCUCUACUUUGCCCUGCACUGGUUUGCUAUGAGCAGCACCUGCUACAAUCCCUUCAUUUACUGCUGGCUGAAUGAGAGCUUCCGUGCGGAGCUCAGAGCCCUGCUGUGCAUGUGCCAGCACACAGCUCAGCCGUGCAGCGCCGUGCAGCCGCCCCUGGCCGCGUCCUGCCGCGAGGCCUGGGGGGAGCGAGCUGGGUGCACGAAGGGGCCCUCAUCAAAUAGCGUUUGCUCCGCUGUGCUCAUCCCGACAGCCAACACUGACCUGUGAGCAAGGGUGGCAAUGGACGGAGUUUGGCACACGUCUGAAAGAAGGACCCUUGUAGCAGGUGAACCUCAUCCAUAGGGAUUCCCCCAGGUAAUUCAUACUAAAGCCUCCCAGCUGAGUGCAGGUGUAGCAGAAAUGCUAACUCAGGGCUUGAAGAAGUGAUGCAGCACCUGGUGGGAAGGCAGGGCCAACCGGGGGAGCUCAAGUCAAACAGUGCCACUGAGUGGUGGAAGGGAUGGAUCCAGGAUCCACUCCUGCCCAGACCUCAUUUAAGGGCUGGCAGUGGAGGUGAGGGUAUCUCUCUGGAGAUCCCUGUGUACUUGAGGCCUUGUAAAGGUAAACAGCUUUUUUUCUGUAGAUUCUGCAUCCAGGGCUGCUGCACUUGGGCUUAUCCUAGCUUGCUGCAGCCAAAGUCUUUGCUACCCUGCUAAGAUUGCAUUAUAGCAUUACAGCAGGGUAAGGGGAAGUCAGCGGUGGGUGUCACACUGAGUCCUGCUGCUCCUCCUGCCCUGGUCCCAGCCCAGGCUGUGUGCUGGUGGAGCAGAGCACUGUAUUGGGGCUGUAGAGCUCCAUCUCUAUGUCAGACCUCAUGUCAUUUGGUUCACUGAGAAUUUAUUUUAAUUUCUGUUAAAUUACAUUGCAAACAAACCUACAGGCACUGAAUUAAAGGCCACAAAAUAAUUCAUCAGGGCUGUAGCAUUCACCAACUGGAGAAUUAAAUAAUUCUAGAUAAUUACUAAUUGUUCUGGAAGAGAUUCAUUGAGGCAACUGAAUUGAAUCACAGUUAAAGGGGAGGCUUUCUACAGUUUUGAGAAGAAUAGCUUGAUUUAGCUGUACUUGGGAGGUAAAUGGAGAAAAGAAGACAAUAAAGGAAAGAGAGGAAAAAAAUACAGAGAGACAAAAGAUAUCAAAGCAGACAGAAACCAGAUUUGCUGUGUGACUUUGCUUGCAGUGUGAAACAGAGGCACUGAGAAGCAGUGCUCCUGCCUGGCCAUGAUGCCCCUUCCCAUCGCACUGCUCCUCAGAAGCUGCAUGGGGGCUGCAGGAGCCAUUUCUGCCUGCACAUUUCCAGGUUGUGCUUGGGUGAGGGGUUGCUCAGCUGUAGAAGGCUGCUGCUAAGCUUCUCCAGUAUGUUCUUACAGGAGCCCUUAAGAAAACAAGGUUUACUCCCUAUUUGUCAAUAGGUAAUGGGGUUCAGGCCAGGUGAUAAGCAAAAGAAAAGGUACCCAGUGCCUAGUGCUGUAGCAGUGGUGCUAAGUGAACCUUGAGAACAGCCUUCAUUGGGUAAUGAGCAGGCAAGGGCUCAGUGACCCACAGAGUUGUUUGCUGCUCAUGGCUGUUCAGCUGAUUCUGAUACCCAUUGGCAUCACCUAUGGAUUGCAGUUUGGCAUUCACCUGGAAUUUCAACCUGGAGGAGCACAUCUCUUAUGGGCUGUUUAUAUUGUCCUGGCCAAAAAUACCCACAAAAGCGAAUGUUUCCCAAAGAAACAAUAGAAAAUGGAAAGCUACAUCCUGUCCCCGAAAGCAUUCUGUAGCAGCACAGGAGCUGGAAUGGGAAUGGCAUACUGGCACUGGCUCAUGCAAGGCUCCCAAUGCAGCCUGCAGCCAUCAAGGGCACUGGCAGAGCCAGCUUGGUGCUGGGUCCCACCUGGAGAUGGUGCUGGGCCAGCGUGCAGCAAAACAAGCUGCCUUUGGUUCUGGUCACAGAGAGCUUAAAAAGCAUGGCUAUGUGGCGGGGGGGACCCAGACACCUGCAGAGCACUGUAAGAGCAUAAGGCUGCUCCAAUCCUGUGUUCCUCAAGGCAGGAAUUUCAGACAUACACCCACAGGCUGCUGCUGCUGAUGGGCUGAUGUUUGUUACGCGCUGCUUUGACCCCUGAAGGGUCAAAGAAAUCCCACAGAAAUGUGCUGCCCCAAGGCAGAGGUCCCUUAAACCAAAUCUAAAUGUCCAACUUGAUCCCAGUGUGCAUAAAGCAUUGUGUGCACAGUGAGAAGAUGAGCUCUGUCUUUUCAUGUUUUCUUUCAACGUUCUUCUAGCUCAGGCUUUGAUGAAAUAACCAUGGCAACAGUAGGAACUCUGAUCAUUUCAUGAGAAAUAUUAAGCUAUGGCUCUCGCUGUAAUUCUGAAAUGAAAGCUGCUGUGCUGCAGACUAAUUCUGGAGUAUGAGCUGACCCUGGGACUGGAUACCACCCUGAGGCUGUUUUGCAGGGCGGAUGGGCAGAGGAUUUCAGUAUUGGAUAUUCAGCACUGAGACUGCAGUCCCUCGGACAGAGCCCCCUCAGAGCCCUGCCUGGUGCUGGCACUGCUGUCAGCCAUGCAGGCAUCAGAAGUCUCUUAGAAAGAUCUGAAGCUGAGUCCAUCUGUGAGAUUUAUUAGUGUUCUUUUUUUGUCUUUCCUUUCUUUAAAUGGCUUUGUGAUCUUUCUCUGGAGGAACUGAAGAUCUCAGUCCAAGCAGCAGGUCUCAGCUCAUGCCUUGGUCUCCUGCCAGUCCCCUGCCACGCACAUGGCUGUCUCUUGCUGUG